AUCAUAACUGCGGAAACAAUGUCUCAAUUAAGCCGUAUCGUAUUAAUCAUUGCUAUGAGCGUACUGCUGUAUGUUCAUGCAGAGGAAUACUAUAACGACGAAUUUGAUAAUGCAAUUGAUAUUGACGCUCAUCUCCGUAACGACACUGAACGAACGGAAUAUCACAAAUGCUACAUGAAUACAGGACCAUGUACACCAGUACAAAAGACAUUAACAGACAUGUUCAGCGAAGCUUAUCACACUAAAUGCGACAAGUGUACCAAAAAACAAAAAACAUUAUUCUCCUCAGUUAUUAACUGGUAUAAGAAGAAUGAUCCAGAUAAGUGGCAAUUAAUAUUUGCAAAGAGUGUAGAAGAUAUGAAGAAGAAAGCCACUCAAUAAUCGCCGGCAAAAUAGAUGGAUAAUGGUUCUCCCGAUACGUGUUAUAUCUAAAUAUAUAAUUAAUAUGAAUGUAUAUAAUUCCGAUUAGCUCUCAGACAACGGACAUUGUGAUACUCGCACGCACGAUGGACGCAAUGUCAAAUGUGGCCCAAGAGUGGUAUUGCUUUAAAACGUUUGAAAAGCAGUUUUUUAUUACAAUAUGUAGUAAAUUAUUUCAAAUAUAUAGAAGGUGAAAUAAACACACAUACUUAGCACAGAUAUAAAUAUUCAUUUAUUCAUUUCAUUGUAGUUGAAAAAAGUAAACAACUCUAAUUAGCAAGUCUCUCGCGAGACUGCGUAUGC